AGUUUUUAUGAUGAUUGACUGUGAGAGGCUUCAGGACGAGCUGGAGGAGGCGAAUAACAAAGCUCACAGAAAAACCAGGGGUAACGUCAAGUUCAUCGGGGAGCUGUUUAAGUUGCGGAUGUUGACCGAGUCCAUCAUUCAUAACUGCGUGGUAAAACUGCUGAAACAAAAUGAAACUCUAUUCUCCUCACCACCGCCGGCUAAGAGAUGGACUUUAAGACGGCCAAGUACUUGAUGAUAAGAUUUAUUUGGGACCGAAUUUCGGGGGACGACGGCUGAACUGGAAGAACGGCUGUGAUGGAGAAACUAGCGCUAGAGCCACAUCCGGAGCAUCAGUAAAACUGGACGCAGUGCCAGACUCGACUACAAACAAGCUGCGCUAUCAGAGGAGGAAAUGGAGAAAUGCUCUAAAUCCAUUAUUGAGGAGUUUCUACACAUAAAUGAUUACAAAGUAAUGAUCUCAUGCAGUGAUCUGGACCACGCUGGAGCGAAACCAGACCACGUGGGUCAUCUGUUCCAUCAGCUGCUGCAGGCUGGGAUCCUCUCCACAUCUCAGUUUUUUAAAGGGUUCUCAGAAACCCUCGAGAUAGCAGAUGAUAUGGCGAUUGACAUUCCUUAUGUAUGGCAGUACAUAGCGGAGCUCGUUAAUCCUGUGCUUCGGGAAGGAGGAAUCUCUUUGAGAGAAUUAUUAAUUGAAUUUAGUAAACCACUACUUCCUGUGGCAAGAGCCGGCAUAUUAUUUGCAGAAAUAUUGCAGCUUCUCUGCAAACAAAUGAGCCAAAAGGAAGUGGAGGCCUUAUGGAGGGACUCUAAACUGAGCUGGGCUGAUUUUCUUCCUGAAACCGUGGAUGGGAAUUUCAUUUCCCUGAUGAAGUCUGAUGACCUGAAGAGGGUGGAGCUGAGACUUCAGACAGCAGACGGACUUCUGAGGAGGAACAUCAGCACCACACGAGAGGUGGCAGCAGGAUGGGGCACUAUGCCGGCUGUUUGUCUGCCUUUGAGCACAGGUGAGAACUCGUUCGAGUUGCAAACGGUAGAGUUGGAGAUGGAGGCUUUGGAGAAACAGUCAUUUAGUUGAAUCUUCUGAGGAGAAGUGGGUUCCACACACCAGCCAUCAACCAGAAAAGAGGUUCAAGCAGUCUCCAAACUCAGCACCUGUUUCAGCUCUACCAGUAAGAGUGAGAGACAGAAAAUCCCAGUCUUCACUGGUUGUAUCCCCCAACACACCUGAAGAGAGGUAGAAUCAGGAUUUUACACCCCAGCCAGUCUGUAGACCAUCUGUCAUGGCACUUGUUGAUGAGAAGAUGUUGGGAAUGGGCUACAAACUGUUCGUUGACGACUUCUACACAAGUCCAGCACUGUUUAGAGAUCUCCUAAAAAAAAAUAACAUCUGAGCAGUGGGAAAAUUCAGUCCACAAACCCUCAAACCAUCACCAACAAGCUUCUGAAAAAAGCUCCUUGAGGCCUCAUCACUGGCUGA